AUGAUUUCUCUCCGCUUCAUCUUUAGUUUCACGCUUCUUACGACACUGGCAGUCAGCUCACCACUAUCCGUCCCAUCAUACUUCCAACCAGACCAUCUCACUCGUCGCGAAGUACCAGUCUUCCAAAUCCAGCAAGAGCUUGGCGCAUUACUCUCCGAAAGCUCCCUCAUUCUUCUCCCAAGUAAUCCUCUCUGGAUCGAGACAACGAAAAGAUGGAAUACUAUGGCACCACCGGAUAUAAAAGUGGUGGUUCAGCCUGCAAAUGAAGUUGAUAUCCCCAAGAUCGUGAAAUAUUGCUAUCGUAAUAGCAUCAACUUUCUCGUCGUUAAUCGUGGGCAUGGUCUUACUAAAUCUCUUGGUGCGUUCAAAGGAAUGCAGAUUGACAUGAAGCAACUCAGGUCUAUGGACAUAGCUCGAGAUGGAAAGUCUGCUUGGUUUCAGGGCGGUGCAUAUGCAUAUGAGGUCAUACCGUUUUUAUGGGAUCGUGGUUAUGUCACAAGCACCGGCUCCAAUCAAUGCGUUGGCCUCACGGGUCCUGCUUUGGGUGGAGGUCAUGGUCGAUACGAGGGCCUUUACGGGUUAGCUGGCGACAACAUCAUUGAGAUGAAGGUUGUUUUAGCAGAUGGAUCGACUAUCACGGUCAGCGACAAGAGCAAUAAAGAUCUGUUCUGGGCUAUGCGAGGCGCAGGGCACAACUUUGGUAUCGUUACGAACCUGAAGCUCAAGAUCUACCCCGCCAAGAUAAAGACCUGGCACUACCAUAAUUACUACUGGCGUCAAGAUAAGCUCGAAACGGUUUUUAGGGCACUGAACAAGCUCCAGGACUAUGGGAAGACACCUCCGUUGCUGGGCGUGCUGCGAGAUCUGACGCGUGUUGAGGCCAUUCUCUGGUUCACAUUUGCCUAUGCCGGGCCAGCUUCAGAAGCCGAAAGGAUCUUGCGCCCCUUCAACGCCAUCGAUGCCAUCAAGGAUGAGAUGGGCGAUGUGCCUUAUCCCGAGAUUCCCGUGCGCCAAAACACAGACAUAUCUAAUUGUGUUUCUGCGCGCUUCUCUCUGGCCAGUGUCAUGUUGCAAACAUGGAACAUCACGACAGAACGAGCGCUCUACACCCAUUUCAUGCGCAACGUCGCAUUAUACCCAGACCUAGCAGCGACUGCUCGACUGUACUAUGAAGGAUAUGCGCAUCGAGGAGUCCAGGCUGUAGAUUCUGCGUCCACCGCUUAUCCCCACCGUGAUGAAUAUCAUAUAGCAUUCUUCGCGACCGUUGUCCCCGAGGGGUCCAGUUCAUUAGGUCCAGCUGAGAAAUGGGCCCGAGAAGCUCGGGAUAUGUGGUAUGCGGGAGCUCCUACGCGUAAACCGGCGACGUAUAUCAACUACGCUUCCGGGAACAAAUAUGAAAGUCUCAAGUCAAUCUAUGGCUACGAGUCGUGGCGCUUGGCCAGACUUCGAAAGCUAAAGGCCAAAUAUGAUCCGAACAAUCGGUUCCGUUUCUACGUUCCGAUUGUGUCAGAUUAG